CUCAAGUGUUACUACGUUCAACAAUGGAUCAGUCUGAUAUGGGUGAUGAGAUAGUUAGUCAUGAUUAUGAUAUUCAAGAAAGUGAUUUAAGUCAUGUUGGAAUAGCUAAAAGAAGGUCGCUUGAAAUGCUCACGAUACCUGAUACUGCUUUUGAAGAGGCCUUAGGGUUAUGUCAGAUUCAAGAAAAAAAGUUAGAUAAAAAUGGUGGUGUCUACAGGUAUGUAUUUGUAUGCCGGCAUGCUGGAAAGUUUUAUUCAAACAAAACAGCUACCGAUCCUUCACAACAAUGUAACAGAGAAUCAAUCAAGACAAAUUGCACUUGUUAUAUUAACAUGUGCUGGCUACUUAAAUCAUCAAAUCCGGCUAUUACUAAGAUGAAUCUUGAACAUCACGGUCAUAUACUUAGUCCUGAAACAAUUCGCUUUGCUAAUGUAUAUCGACAGCUUCUCCAGAAUAUAAUAGAUAAAAUCCAGUUCUAUGUAAAUACGAUUCAUAAUAUUGAUCAGCAUAUGUUAAGACAGCUUCUUAGUGGAGAAUUCAAAGAUCAGUUGUUUUUGGAUAAAGAUCUGACAAAUGCGAUCCAACAGUUUCGAAGGUGCGAUAUCAUUGAUUCUGAGCAGGAUCCUGAAAAUGAUGCAUCAAAUCUUCUUAAAGAGUUACAAAAAAUGAAAGAAGAUGAUCCAACAUGGUUUAUAGCUUAUAAUUGUGUCAAAAAUC